AUGUCCGAUCUCAUCACGACGCAGCACGAAGCGGAAGAGAACGUCAAGCUCUUCCCGGCGAACCCCGCCCAGCGCGAGGCCUCAUGGCGUCUCAACGGCGUCUCAUGGGCCCCUCCAAUGUCCAUCGAGGCCUACCUCUCCCGUGAAUUCGCCCUCUCCAAGACGGGACUCGGGUCGAGGUGUACCUAUUGGGUCCUCGUUGACCCCGCGGACCCGGAACACAUCAUUUCCUCCUGCGAAGCGUUCGCCAAGACCCUCCUCGUCCGCGACGCCUCCUCGCCGGCCGUCCGCGAGGAGAAGACGUACGGCAUCGCCUCCGUCUACACAAACCCCACCCACCGCAACCACGGCAUGGCCACGCGCCUCCUCAGCGGCGUCAAGGAGGUAAUGGACGCCGACUCCAAGGCGAGCGCCCUCUACAGCGACAUCGGCACCAUCUACUACUCCCGCAUGGGCUGGGCCGUCUACCCGUCCCUGCAGGUCUCGCUCAUCCCGGACGACGCCUCCGUGCUGCGCCCGCCUCAGGGCCUGAGGUACCUCACGGCCGACGACGUCCCCGCCUUCUGCGACAGGGAUGUCGAGCUCCUGCGGAAGAAGCUCGCCGGCCUGCCCGACGACGGCAAGACGCACGCCGCCUUCGCGCCGUCGGGCGACCAGAUGAUGUGGCACUUCACGCGCGACGCCUUCAUGGCCAAGGAGCUCGUCGGCCGCGAGGUUGUGCGCCGCGGGGCCGCCACCGCCGACGGCAAGGCGUGGGUGUACUGGGACCACGACUUCCGCGAGAACAAGCUCAAGGUCCUCCGGAUCGGCGGCGACGCCGACGCCGACGUCACCGCGCUGCUCCACGCCGCGGUGUUGGAGGCCGCGGACUGGGGGCUCGCCAAGGUGUUGGUGUGGAACCCGGACGACGGCAUCUCGGCUUCGGCCAAGAGGGUCAGCGAUCGGACCGAGGGCGCCGUCAGGGUCGUCUUUGACGAGAGAUCCGACGGGAGCAUCCCGAGUCUGCGGUGGAAGGGCGAGGGCGAGCUCGUGUGGGAGGACAAUGAGUACUACGCAUGGUGCUAG